AUGGGUAGCGGCGGCUCCUCGGGACGCGGGACGCGGUUGGCGUCGGCCGAAGGCCCCGAGGGCACCGAGCAGCGGCUGGAGGUGCGGAAGGGAAAGGUGCCCGAGGCUCUGUGGGCACAGCGGGGGGUCCAGAAGCUGUACCUGAGCGGCGCGGGGCUGCGGGAGAUCCCAGCCGAGCUGGGGGCGCUGCGGCACCUCCGCACGCUGGCACUGGAUGGCAACGAGCUGAUGGAGGUGCCCGACGCCCUGUGCCAGCUGCCUCGCCUGGCACACCUCUACCUGGGGCGCAACGGCUUGCAGUGGCUGCCGGCUGCCUUCGCCCAGCUCCAGAGCCUGCGGUGCCUGUGGCUGGAGGGCAACUUCUUCGCCCACUUCCCCCGAGCCCUGCUGCGCCUGCCCGAGCUCCGCAGCCUGCAGCUGGGCGACAACCGCCUGGCACGCCUGCCCUCCAGCCUGCCCAGCCUGGGCAGCCUCCGGGGGCUCUGGCUUUACGGCAACCGUUUCACCGAGUUCCCCCCUGCCCUGCUGCUCAUGGGCCAGCUCCGUGUCCUCGACCUGGACCGCAACCGCAUCGCCGCCUUCCCCGACCUCUCCGACCUCACCAACCUCUCCCUCCUCUCCUACGACCACAACCCCGUCCACCAGCCUCCCAGGGUGGGAGAUGCCACCCGGCUGGUGGGGGAUGGGGCACAGGAGUUCAUGGAGGAGAGGCAGCAACGCCUGCAGAGCCUUCAGAAGCAAGAAGAGGAGGAGGAGGAGGAGAAGGAGGAGGAGGAGGAGGAAGGCACCGCUGAGGUCCCACCGGUGGUUCCUGAGGAUGACUGCCCGCUGCUGGAGAAUGAGGAGGGUGACUUUGUGGCCCUGCCAGGCUCCCCUGAGGAAAUGUGA